UCGACCCUAACCCCUACAUCCCUCUAUCGCUCCCUCUCCCUCUCCCUCUCUCGUUCCCUCUCCCUCUCCCUCUCGAUUGCAACCCUUGAGCGAUGCACCCCCUUCACCUGGGCGAAAAUCCACCCCUUCGGCCCCCGCCUUUCACCUCUUCUCCGUCUCUCCUCUCUGACCCGGAUCAAGACAAAUCCCAAAACGCGAUAAAUGAACAUUUCCUGCCACGAUUCCUGGACUUCAUAGUGUGGGGGCAUGAACAUGAAUGCCUUGUUGAUCCACAGGUCAUUUUAAAGGAUGAGGCGGACAUUGACCCUAAUGAUCAAUCAUCUGUUCUUGAACAUUUGGACAAAGUUGUAUGGAUUUUUCUUUCCCACUUUCAUUAAGACCUACAAAAC